AUGGCGGAGACGCCAUAUCCGAAACUUCUUCCUCUUCCUCUUCUUCUUCUCCUCCUCCACUUCCCUUUUUCAGCUUCUAUAAUACCUAUCGGCUCUGUUCUUUACGCAUUCGGCUCCAACCAGAACCAGUCUUGGUCCUCUCCCAAUGACAAUUUCUCAGUCUCCUUUCUUCCAUCGUCUUCUCCUAACUCCUUCCUCGCCGCCAUUUCCUUCGCCGGAAACGUUCCCAUUUGGUCAGCAGGAACCGUGGACUCUCGAGGAUCCCUCCGCCUUUUCCCAUCCGGCUCCCUCCGCCUCACCAAUGGCUCCAACACCACCGUCUGGGAUUCCGGAACCGACACUCUCGGCGUCGUCUCCGCCUCGAUUGAAGAUUCCGGCAACUUUAUACUCCUCAACAGCCGUAACAUCACAGUCUGGUCUUCCUUCGACCACCCGACGGACACAAUCGUCCAAUCGCAGAAUCUCACCGCCGGUCAACUUCUCCGAUCUGGUCCUUACUCGUUUCAGUUAGAGAAAUCCGGAAAUCUCACGCUUCGAUGGAACAAUAGCACAAUCUACUGGAAUCAAGAGCUUAAUUCCUCGAAUCUAUCGUCACCGAGCUUAGGGCUACAGACUAACGGAGCUGUUUCAAUCUUCGAUUCCACUCUCCGUGGCGGCGGCGGAGCUGAAACCAUUUACAGCGACGAUUACGGCGAAGGUAACAACAACACGUUUAGGUUCCUGAAGCUAGACGAUGAUGGGAAUUUGAGAAUCUACAGCUCUGGGAUCAGAAACAACGGCCUUGUGACGUCUCAUUGGUCAGCUCUCGCUAACCAAUGCCUCGUUUAUGGAUAUUGUGGUAGCUUUGGGAUUUGUAGCUACAAUGAUACGAAUCCGAUUUGCUCGUGCCCGUCUCGUAACUUUGAUGUUAUUGAUGUGAGUGAUAGAAGAAAAGGCUGCAAGAGAAAAAUUGAGCUUAGUGAUUGCUCUGUUAGUGCAACAAUGAUGACUCUUGAUCACACGAGGUUGAUUACAAACGUAGACGAUGACUCGGUUUCCUUCGCUGGUGGCUCGUCUUGUAGGUCGAAUUGUCUUGCUAAUGGCUCUUGCGUAGCUUCAGUCUCGACGUCUGAUGGUUCAGGGAACUGUUGGCAGAAGCAGCCUGGCUCUUUCUUUACCGGUUAUCAGAACUCGUCGGUUCCGAGCACUUCUUAUAUCAAAGUGUGUGGUCCGGUGCUGCUUAACCGGCCUUUGGUUCCACGGAGAGGAGGAGAUGGUAACAGCUCGAGAGUGGAGUUGUGGAUUGUUGCAGUCGCUGUGGUUGUUGGACUUGUUGGUUUGGUUGUUGUGGAGGUGUGUCUAUGGUGGUGCUGCUGCAGGAAAGAUUCAUCGUUUGGAGCUUUAUCGCCACACUACACUCUCCUCGAGUACGCCUCUGGUGCGCCGGUGCAGUUCUCGUACAAGGAGCUGCAACGGUGUACCAAAACUUUCAAAGAGAAGCUUGGAGGUGGAGGUUUUGGUGUUGUGUACAGAGGCGUGCUCGCGAAUCGAACCGUUGUUGCGGUGAAGCAGCUUGAAGGAAUAGAGCAAGGAGAGAAGCAGUUUAGGAUGGAGGUUGCAACCAUUAGCAGCACGCACCAUCUGAAUCUAGUGAGGCUGAUUGGUUUUUGCUCUGAAGGAAGACACAGGCUUCUUGUUUACGAGUUCAUGAGAAACGGAUCUCUUGAUAGCUUCUUGUUUAACACUGAUUCAGGGAAGUUGUUGACUUGGGAGUAUCGGUUUAACAUUGCGCUUGGCACGGCGAAAGGAAUCACUUACCUACACGAAGAGUGUCGCGACUGUAUUGUUCAUUGCGAUAUUAAACCGGAGAAUAUUCUCGUUGAUGACAAUCACACUGCCAAAGUCUCGGAUUUUGGACUCGCCAAGCUCUUGAACCCGAAAGACAACAGGUACAACAAGAACAUGAGCAGCGUGAGAGGAACAAGAGGGUAUUUAGCACCAGAGUGGCUCGCGAAUCUUGCUGUGACCUCGAAAUCGGAUGUUUAUAGCUACGGGAUGGUUCUGCUGGAGAUAGUCAGCGGGAGAAGGAACUUUGACGUCUCGGAGAAAACAAACCACAAGAAGUUCUCGAUUUGGGCUUACGAUGAGUUCGAAAAGGGGAACACGGAGGCGGUUUUGGACAGACGUUUAGCCGCGGAUCAAACGGUUGAUAUGGAGCAAGUGAGGAGGAUGGUUCAGACGAGCUUCUGGUGCAUACAAGAGCAGCCGUUGCAGAGGCCGACGAUGGGGAAAGUGGUUCAGAUGUUGGAAGGAAUCACGGCGAUGAACAAGCCGCCACGUCCAAAGACGUUAAGCGAAGCUUCGUUUUCGGGGAACAGUGUGGGCACGAGCCAUGGGUCGAUGUUGGGUGGUUCGGGUCCGACUCGAUCGUCUUCUUCGUCUGCUACGCGGUCGUUUCAGACGAUGGGGAUCACGUCGUCUGGACCGGCUUCCACAAGGAUUAGUGAAGGUUCGUUGCUUGGAUCUCAAGGUGUUGUAUUGUGA